GUGACGUCAGGCGGGCGCGGAGUCGCUAUGUCCGCCGCGCGGUUACUCUCUCGCCUAUCCGGGCCGCUUUGCCUCAGGCGGCCUCUCGCCCCCUUCCGCGUCUUAGCUAGCUGUACUUCGAGCCAUGAGCCUCCCAGGCCACUCGGGCAGAAGAAGCGGCCCCUCGGGACUUUAUCGGCGGCGGGUUUGGUGCGUGCGGCGCCGGGGCCGGCUCAGCCCUACCUGCGCCUCAUGAGGCUAGACAAGCCUAUUGGGACAUGGCUGCUGUACCUACCCUGCACUUGGAGUAUAGCCCUUGCAGCAGAACCAGGCUGUCUGCCGGCCUGGGACAUGCUGUUACUCUUUGGCGCUGGUGCAGUCCUGAUGCGUGGAGCAGGCUGCACAAUCAAUGACAUGUGGGAUCAAGACUAUGACAAAAAGGUUACAAGAACAGCAAGCCGACCACUGGCAGCCGGAGAGAUUUCAAAUUUUCAGUCCCUUGUUUUUCUGGGAGGACAGCUGAGCUUGGCUUUAUGCAUCCUAUUAUGUUUAAAUUAUUACAGUAUUGCUCUGGGAGCUGCUUCUUUAUCUCUUGUGGUUACUUAUCCACUUAUGAAGAGAAUAACAUACUGGCCACAGCUGUUCUUGGGCCUGACCUUCAACUGGGGAGCCUUACUUGGGUGGUCAGCUGUCCAAGGCUCUUGUGACUGGUCAGUUUGCUUGCCGCUGUAUUUCUCAGGAGUUUUCUGGACAUUAAUGUAUGACACUAUUUAUGCUCAUCAGGAUAAAAGAGAUGAUCUUGCCAUAGGUGUGAAAUCUACAGCACUCCGGUUCAAUGAAAACACAAAGCCAUGGCUCAGUGCUUUCAGCACCAUCAUGCUGUUGGGACUUACUGCAGCAGGAAUGCAUUGUGAUCAGACUUCUCCAUACUAUGUUGCUGUGACUGUAGCAGGCAUCCACUUGGCUCAGCAGAUAUACACUUUGGAUAUUCACAAGCCUGAAGAUUGCUGGAAAAAGUUCUCUUCUAACCGCACAGUAGGACUCAUACUUUUCAUAGGGAUUGUUCUUGGAAACUUACGGAAAAGGAAAAAUACAGAAGCAACCAUGAAAAAGUUUGAUAGUACAGAAGAAAAUGAAGUUGUUUUACAGAAAGGAAAUGAACACAACUAAAAAAAA